AUGCGGUCACUUGGUCCUCUUCUGCAGUCCCGCAGGUCCGGACCAAGCACCGCUUCUGCGGUCCAGGGAUCCCAGCCCAUUGCUGCUUUUGCAUCCUCUUCUCCGCAGGUGAGGUCCCGCUUCUGCGGUGCGAUGACCACAUCUGCGGUCCCAACUCUCCCCACCAAAAUCGCAUUUGCGACUCAGGGCCGCUUCUGCGGCUCUGCACCUGCAGCCCAAGCCUCAAGCAUGAACUCCAUCAAUAACGGGUUGAACAAAAAGAAGGUGGUGUUCAUAAUGGGAGCUACUGGAACUGGAAAAUCUCGUCUCUCAGUUGAUCUCGCCACUCAUUUUCCAGGAGAAAUCAUCAACUGUGACAAAAUGCAAGUGUAUAAGGGACUUGACAUUGUUACAAACAAAAUCACAGACCCUGAGAAACAAGGCGUACCGCACCAUUUGCUAGGUGAAAUUGAGCCGGAAGCUGACUUCACGGCUGAGGAUUUCUGCUGUCAAGCUGUUUACUACAUAGAAUAUGUGUUGAAUUCUGGCCAUAUUCCAAUAAUUGUUGGAGGAUCUAAUACUUACAUUGAGGCACUUGUGGAGAAUCCAGUGUUCAAGUUUAAAUCUAAGUACAAAUGUUGCUUCCUUUGGGUUGAUGUUGCCUUGCCUGUUUUACACUCUUCUGUUUCCAAAAGGGUUGAUCACAUGGUCCAUGCAGGGUUAGUGGAUGAGGUACGAGGAAUAUUUGUUCCUGAUGCAGAUUACACCAAAGGAAUCCGACGAUCCAUUGGUGUUCCAGAGAUGGACAUGUAUUUAAGAGAAGAAAACAAAUCAAAUAUUAAUGAAGCAGCUAAACAGAUACUCCUUGAAUCUGCCAUUGAAGAAAUUAAGCUUAAUACGUGCAAAUUAGUGUGUUGCCAACUUGAGAAAAUUCGACGUCUGAGGAACAAGAAAAUGUGGCCAAUUCACCAAAUUGAUGCGACUAAUGUGCACAAAAAAUCUGGAAAAGAAGCUGAUGAUGCUUGGAAUGAAAUGGUGUUGAAACCUUGCUUGGAAAUAGUUGAAGAAUUUCUCAAAGAUGAUGAAAAGAAUGUUGAGGCAGAAACCAACAUUAGAACUAUGUUUCCAUUUAAGAAGCUGCAAGUUGCUAUCUAA